GGAGGCUAACAGAGGGUUUUCUCUCACCUAAAUUAGGCACUUUUGUCUCAAGCUUCUAGUUUAAGCAAAGGUCUUUGCUUCCUCUCAGAAAGCAACGAUACAGCUAGUAGUGGGCUGAAUCGCGAGACAUUUUAUCGAUGAGGGGCUUAGAAAAUGCCCCUCAACUCUGAAAAAUUUAAGGGCGGCAAUUUGUUCGAAUUGUUCCCCUAGGUUGGAAUUUCUCGUAUAGAAAAACUCGAGUUUUGUUUGUGUGGUUACUCUACGGUAGAAAACAGUUUUGUAGGUUAUUUAGAAGUUUGCAAAAUGGAUUACGACCACUUGGAUCCAGAAGGAAGCUUGAUGGACAGGAUUCAAGCCCUUAUCCAACCUCCGCAGUCGGAAGAUUCAGGGAAGAGAAUGAAAAAAGGGGAUAAAGAGGCGCGGAAGCAAGGACGGGCUGUCAACAACGACAACUGUGAUAGCUGUGGCGAAGGAGGUGAUUUACUCUGCUGUGACCGAUGUCCCUGCGCUUUUCACCUGACAUGCUGUGAUCCUCCACUAGAAGAAGAUGAUAUUCCUGAUGGUGAAUGGCUCUGUAAUGAAUGUAAAGCAUUACCCAAAGAGGAUGCUGAUAAUAAAGGGAAAGACCCUGCAAAUGAUGGAAUGAAAACUGAUGGUCAUUUGACACCAGCUGUGAAAGAAACUGAGAAUUCAAAACCAGAAUCACCGUUUUCUACACUAGUAAAAAUGACAACUGGAAAAAACCCAACUACGUUUUCUCUACCACCAGAACUGAAGUGUAAUACCUUCUUUCCUGGCGACAGAAAAAGGAAAAAUAGUACUGAAGAAAGAACAGUUCCUGUAAAAAAUGGGAAAAGAAAUACUGAUGAUGAUGAACAUACAAUCCCUCCUGGGCGACUUUGUUUUGCUUGUAGUCGGAGUGAUUUGGUUGGCCAACUUGUUCAUUGUGACUUCUGCCCCCUGGCAUUUCACAUGGAUUGUAUAAACCCUCCCCUGACCACUGUACCAAGUGGCAUGUGGAUGUGCCCAAAUCAUGCUGAACAUGCUGAGCCUGGAUUACGUGAUCCAAGAUUUAGCAAAAGACUUCAAGCCUAUAAUGACCUUAGGAGUAAUAUUUCCCAGCAUACUAUAAAAAUGAACUUUCUUCAACGUGUGCACAGAUUGAAGAAACAUCCUUCUUUUAAAAGAAAGGACUUUUUACCAACAAGAAGAAGAGCAACCUUGGUUCCACAAGCAAUCAAGGACCAUUAUGAGUCUCCACCAUAUCGAACUCUUCCUGAACACAUAAAAAGAAUGCAAGAACCUUUACCACUACAUGCGAUUCCUCUGAACACUCCAACUGCGGAGGAGCAGGAAGAGUGGUUAAAAUGUGUGAUUAGCCUCCAAUGUGGAAUUGCAAAGCAUCUGACACAACCAUCUGUAAACAAAGCUUUGAUUGCCAAUCACACAGAUAAUGCCUCUAAAGGGGAAACGUCAAAUUCAAACAAUCACUCAUCGACUUCAGGAUCAGCCCACGCUACAAGUAGUGGAACUGGGAAAGAACCUGUUGUAAAUGGUCUGCUUUCGAAGUCCGACUUAACUAAUCAUGUUUCUGCAACAGCAGCUAAUGGCAGUGUACCAAAUGCUUGCAUAAGUAGAGUUGUGACAACCACUAUUACAACCACAAGUGGUGGGAAAACAAUAACAAAGCCACUGACAAUAUUAUAUGCAUCUCCGUCAAAAUUACAGACUCAUAUGAAUGGACCACUUAAUACAAAGUCAUUAGCAAGUUCAGGUAACUCUGUCAACCUUUGUACUGUGUCAUCUACACAUUUACCUUCACAAGUCUUAGUCAAACAGGAGCCAAAAACUGUUGAGAAACAGGUGGCCUGCGGUGACUUGACCCAGUUGAGUGCUGAAUGUAAACAACUUUCUAGUGACACAGCAAAACUUGUCAAUGAUAUUGGUCAUUUGAACAAUGUUAAGGCAAAAGUAACAACAGACUCUAUAAAAACGGUAGCUGUUUCAUCAUCCAGUUCUGUUGUGAACACAACUGUCAGUGCAGCUACUAGAACAAUUUCAACUGUGACUCCUUCUGGUUCAAGUGGUACCAGCACAACAAAAGUUGCUUCAUCAACACCAACAAAACUUAUUGUGCUUACGAGCACUAACAGUGGGAACAUCAUUAAGACAAUUGCUACUGCUGGGUUGUCUGCUGCUAGCACUGGCCAAAUCCCUGGUGGUAGUAUAGUAACAUUAGGAGCACCUGGAAAUGCAGGAAGUGUCAAUCCAGUGAAAAUUGGGACUGUGAAUGCUUCAGCACCUGUGUCAGUUGGGUCAAGUCCAAACAAAGUUAACCAAGCAGCUGCAGCAACCUCUAUGGCAACUGCUAAUGCUAUAAACAGUAUCUGUGCUGCAGCAGGAGUCGACGCAUUCAAUGAAACAGAGUUGGCCAAGUUAGAUCCGCGGCUCAUACAAGUUUUGGCUUACCAGAGGCUACAGCAGCUUCUUACUCAGACCAAGCCCAUACCUCCAAGCCCAGUUUCAGCUCGGAAAAUUUCCUUCAAUGGCUUAAAAGAAACUAUAGUUCUUCCACAACAAGCUGUUCCUGCUGGCAGAUCCAUAGCAGUACUGUGUCCAUUGUCAGGGACAGGUCCUGUGUGUCCAAUGAUUCACAAGUGUCUGUCAUUAGGACAAGGUCCAGAUAUGGAUGUUUGUCUCCAGGAAUAUGGACACUGCAACUUUAUAUCUGAAAAACAUUGCUCUAUAUUCUAUGAUGAGACUUCGAAACAGUAUGAACUCAUAAAUUACAGUGAACACGGAACAUAUGUAGAUAAUGUUUUAUACUCCUGUGACUUUUCGGACAAAAUCAACAGACAUGUUGUUUCAUCAAAGGAUCUCGAUCCUACCAAAGUGAGCAAGAACAAAUUGCUUGCUGCUGCGCAAGUGAGGCAGAACAAUUCAAAGCCAAAAGGAUCACGGAGAACUGUGGGACUUGGUGUGCAAAAAAUUGUCAAAGCUUGUAACUGCACAACAAGUAGCUCAAAUUUGAUUGGGGGCAGUGGUGCAGGAUGGGAAGGAACAGCUUUGUUGCAUCAUGGGAGUUACAUAAAGCUUGGUUGUGCACAAUUUGUUUUCAGUAUCACAAGCCAUGCAACAAAGUUGCCAUCAACUUCCAAGGCUUCUAGUUCCAGUGAUAAGAAAAUCGCUUCAUCUCAUUGAGUCCUGGGUACAAUAUCACUGUUAUUGGCGAAAAAAGAUAUAUAUAUAUUUCACUACUUCCAGCUGCUAAGAGGAUUAUGGACUUCAGAAGGAAAAAGAUAACCAACAAGGAGCCUACGAUUUCCUGCCCGGUGUUGUACUCAUUGCUAUUGUUCAUGAGACAAGCAACAAACAACCAGUAUUUUUAUACUGUAGGGAUGUGCACACUGCAUAUUGGAGAAAAGAAAACAUGUUAAUAAAAGUGUAAAUUAGAUUUUUUAUACACUGACGUCAAAGACUUUUUAGAGAAGCAUCGCUAAUUUUAUUCUUGUAUUAUUCUAUUUAAGACAGGGAUGGACAAAAUAUUUAUUAUUUGUACAGUUUAUGUCCAUCUUUGUCUUGCAACUCACAAGUUAGCUUUUGUGAUAUCAAGGCAUCUCCCACUAAAAAAACGUUGACUAUAACAAUAUUGUUAGUAGGUGUAAUUAGCUAAUUAUCAGUUGCAGAUAACGUGUGAUCUUUGUGCACCCACAAAAUGCACACAUCUGAGAUAUGUACACAUUCACUGAGAAUUACAUUAAAUACCUUAGAGUGUUAAUGUGAA